AUGAGCCUGAUUCAAGAGCAGAAGAAGUUGCGAAUCGCCGUUGUGGGCGUUGGCAUGGCAGGUGUUGCUGCAGGCUUGGAUCUCCGAGACCUACCAAACGUUGAUGUACAGCUGUACGAGCGUUCCACCGAACACAGGCUUGCUGGCGCCUGGCUCGGUGUCACGCCCUCGGCAUUGCGACGGCUCGUUGAAUGGGUCGAUGAGGAAGCCGUGGACCGGGUAAUGACCCGGAGAUACAAUCCCUUCACGGCCUUGCAUUGGAGUACUGGAGAGGUUCUCCAUAAGCCUCAGCAAGUCGAUGGAGCAAAGCUCUCAAAGGCUGAGAGGCUUGACCAGAUGGGAGUGUCCAAUGCCAUACGUUCCGAACUGCACCAGUUGACUGUGGCCCUUCUCCCGCAAGACAUGAUUCACGCAGGAAAAAAGAGUUUGGGCCUGGAACAAACAAACGGCGCUGUGCGAAUCAAGUUCGAGGAUGGUACGGAUGCUGUCGCUGAUCUCGUCAUCGCAGCAGAUGGAAUCAACUCUGGCAUUCGGAAAGCUUUCGACCCGGAUUAUACCAUCAAGUAUCUCGGGCAUCUUGUUUAUACUUGUUUUUGGGAUUAUGAGAAGCUCAAGCAGGAAAUUCCAGACCUACCCGAAGAUGACGUUGUCAUGUACUGUGGUAACUGUCUCGUUUUUAUGGGUUACGUGGGGUAUAAGCAGUAUGCGCUGGAACUGAUAGUUCCCGAAGAAAUGCCCGAGACUCAGACUGUGCGUUGGAACACAAUUGCUGAUGAAGCACGGAUGAAUCAUCUUUUGGAGUACUUCAAAGAUUGGAAUCCUAUCAUCAACCAGUUUCUCCGAGUUUCAAUGAAGCAUGACAUCGACAUGGUUAUAUUGCCACGCAGCCGGGGCCAAUGGUCGCCAUCCAUGAUUGCUAAUCAACAGAUAGCGUUUAUCGGAGAUGCAGCUCAUCCGACGGCAGGAGCAUUCAGUUCUGGUACUUCAUUUGCAUGGGAAGAUUCAAAGACUCUGUCAUUGGCUCUCGGUCAUGCUUACCAAAAGAGCAAACAGUGGAACACUGAGACGGUUGGCACCGCUUUGAAACUUUACGACGAUAUUCUCUCCACUCACUACAAGAAAGUUUAUCAGCAAGUCGAGAAGUUUGAGGCAGCCUGGAACAAUGAUUUGGAGGAUAUGGCACUCAAUUUCAGUGCAGAAAACAUCCACUGGAUCACAAACCACGACGCGGACGAGGCAUUUGCGAAGUGGGUGAAAGAGCAUUCGACCGAAUGA